AGUAGGAGUAAGCGUGGUGAUGGACAGACAGACGUGUGAACCAGCGCAGUAAACACCAUGGGAAUACGACAAUAAUACAGCGACGACAAGGAAGAAGAGAAGGUGACAGAGGAAUGUAUACCACAAAUGUAACGGGGUAGAACAUCUGAAAAAAGAGAAAAAAAAAAAAAACAGAAGGGAAGAUCUUGAUUGAGUCGAGUUAAUUCGUCUUCACCUCUUCAACGCUCACGAACCCCAGCAAAGAUGGAAAUAUGGAGACUGUUUUGCGGUUCCCUUCUUCCGCUGCUCUUAUUACCUUUACAAUGAAGGGAGGACGAGGCAGUACUUGCUCAACGCAGCUACAGAAUAUGCAGUCAAGGGUCAAGCCACGUGCCUUCCAACCACGCUGAGGAAAUGCUGAACGAUUUAUUCAACUCCUUUCUGUGGUCAGACCAAAGGUGGCGUGACUGGGAAGGCGUCAAUCACUCUCUGGCGUCACGGGUGCCACCAGAUGUUUGCCACAAGGUGCAUCGACAUUGGCACCAGUUUGAAGUGCCUCACCCUCUGUGGCACGCUCUUCUCGGCACGAUCUACUUGCUCAUAGGAAUGGCAGGACUCACCGGGAACUGCCUCGUGCUUUGGAUCUUCGGGACUUCGAGGAACCUCCGAGGCGGCACAAACCUUCUGGUCAUGAACCUCGCGCUGGCCGACCUCCUCAUGAUGGCCUCCCAGUCCCCGGUGCUCGUCGCUAACUGCUACGCCAUGACCUGGACGUUUGGACCCACGGCCUGCGAGAUUUAUGGCUUCUGCGGCGCCCUCUUUGGCACUGUGUCCAUUGUCACUCUGGCCCUCAUUGCUCUGGACAGGUACCACGCCAUAGUGAACCCCUAUACAGGGUGGCGGCUAAGCUACGAGCGGGCAGUGGUGUGGGCGGCGGGGUCGUGGGCGUACUCGGCGGGGUGGUGUUGUCCGCCCCUCCUCGGCUGGAACCAGUACGUCCUCGAGGGAUUUCUUACCAGUUGCACCUUCGAUUACCUAACGGAGGAGCCCUGGAGUCGGAUCUACGUGUUCCUGCUGUUCGUGUUCGCCUACGUUGUGCCGCUGUGUGUCAUCACCGUGUGCUACUCCCUCAUCUAUUUCUCCGUCUCCCGCCACGACCAUCUGCUUGUGAGAGAUAACGUGCUGACUAAAAGUCAGACCUGUUUGACCUUACACCGGCGGGAGACGCAGCUGGCGCGGGUGGUGGUCAUCUCAGUGCUGUUCUGGGCCCUCGCCUGGACACCCUAUGCAGUGGUGUCGUUGUUGGGGGCUCUCUCGUGCCGCACUGCUCUCACCCCGUUCUCCACCAUGCUUCCUGCUGUGUUCGCCAAGCUCUCCACUGUGUACAACCCUCUCAUUUAUGCCGUCUCUCAUCCCACGUACAGACAGGUAACGAACGCACCCUUGUCCUCACCCUCACUCUACGUGUCCUCCCAUGGUGCAUGUCAGUCCCAUGACAUCACUGCUGCUGCUGCUGCUGCUGCCGCCACUGCCGCCGCCGCCACCACUCCUACUCUUACUAUUAUUGCAACAAUACUACUACUACUACUACUAAUAUUAUUAUUAUUUUUUUAUAAGUAUCAUUAUCAUUAUUGUUAUUAUUAUUAUUAUUAUUAUUAUUAUUAUUAUUAUUAUUAUUAUUAUCAUUAUCAUCAUCAUCAUUGUCAUUAUCAUCGGCCACCACCAUCCAUGACCAGGCUGACAUGUUAAUGUUAAACGUAUUUCAUUUAUUUGCUGAAUUUGUAGUGAUGUGAUGAUAACACGUCUGCUGUAAGUGUAUGUCAUCUAUGUAUAGUACGGACGGGUAUGGGAAGCUAUUCUCAUGGAUGAGUUACUCGGCUACCAAAGUUGAUCUAUAUUGUAAGGUUGUGCUUUCAUGGCUUCAAAGUCAUCAUUACGAUGACAGAAGCACAUAUGUCGCAUCAUAAUCACAUAGUAAAGGUACAGAAUUGCAAACCAAGUACAGUACAUCUAUGUAAUUUAACUAAGACUGAUAUUCCUUAAUGAACACCAUUCUCUUUGAUCAUGUAACGUUUUCUACGUAUUGCAAGGGGAGAGACUGCUAUAUAAAGAACUGCCGUACUCUCACGUUAAAUAAGCAUCUUGAAAUUGCCAAUGUAACAAGUGACAUUCAUUCAGAUGUUAUUCAGUAAAAGCUCAGUUUGUUUUGAAAGAAAUUAUUAGGUAAUAAGCCUCCGUUACUGAAAGAUUUUGUUGCAACAACGGUGAUAAUGUGUAUAAGCGUUUGUGUAAUGGUAGUGCAUAGGGAUAGCAGUAGUAGUAAUAGUAGUAUUAGUAGUAAAAGAGAUAGAAAAGAUAGGCAAGAAAGGAAAGAGGAAGAGAAUAAGGAAGCAAGAAAAAUAAAAG